UUCCCCCCAAUGAUGCCUUGUUCAUUGACCGAGAUGGGAAUUAGCCUAAUCGGCUAAAUCCUCUGGGGAUGGCUACUUAAACCCUCGCCGACAAGAUGGAGAUCUGUAGUGUAUACCGAUCGAAAAAGCGCAUCCUCCGUCCGCUCAGAUCAUGAAUCCGAGAUAGAAGACGAAACAUGUAUUUCUCUUCUAUUCUCGCCCUGGGCGCUUUGGUCCAGGCUGCGGCAUCCACCUAUAUUGCCCCCAAUUCGACCGGCAUCCGUCUCCAGCAUGGCUUCGAGACCAUUCUCAUCCAACCCUUUGGAUACGACGGGUUCCGCGUGCGCGCAUGGCCCUUCCGUCCUCCCUCGGGCAACGAGAUCAGCUUCAUCUAUGACCCUCCACUUGAAGGCUUCGAGGACUCCGCGCAUGGCAUGAGUUAUGACACCGCAACCACUGGCACGGAGCCUCGCACCCUGCGCAACGGCAACAUAAUCCUGCGCACCACCGGAUGGGGAGGUACAACGGGCGGGUACAGACUGUCCUUCUCGCGCGUCAAUGAGGAUGGGAGCGAGACCCUCCUCACCAACGAGUACGCCCCGCUCAAGUCCCUCAACCCCCGGUACUAUCACUGGCCCGGUCCCGGGCCCGAAUUCUCAGCCGAGUUCUCCUUCAGUGCGACCCCGGAUGAGCAGAUCUAUGGCACGGGUACACAGCAAGAUCAUAUGAUCAAUAAGAAGGGCCAGGUCAUUGACUUGGUGAACUUCAACACGCAUAUCCCCACCCCCGUCUUCAUGAGCAACAAAGGUUACGCCUUUAUCUGGAACAUGCCGGCCGAGGGACGCAUGGAGUUUGGGCCCCUUCGAACCAGGUUCACCGCCGCGACGACAACGCUGGUCGACUAUGUGAUUGUGGCCUCUGCGCCAGGCGACUACGAUACUCUGCAGCGGAGAAUUUCGGCCCUGACGGGGCGGGCACCGGUCCCGCCGGACUUUGCCCUUGGGUACAUCCAGUCGAAGCUGCGGUACGAGAACCAAACAGAAGUUGAGCUUCUGGCACAGGACUUCCAUGACCGUGGGAUCCCGGUGGCCAUGAUCGUGAUUGAUUAUCAGUCGUGGGCGCACCAGGGAGACUGGGCACUCGAUCCGCGCCUGUGGCCGAAUGUUGGGCAGAUGUCGGCGCGGGUAAAGAACCUCACAGGAGCCGAGAUGAUGGCGUCGCUGUGGCCCAGUGUCGCGGAUGAUAGUGACAAUUACGCUGCACUGCAGGCGAACGGGUUGCUUUCAGCCACGCGCGACGGCCCCGGCACCACUGACUCCUGGAACGGGUCAUACAUCCGCAACUAUGACUCGACCAACCCUUGGGCGCGCGAGUUCCUCUGGAGCAUGCUGAAGAAGAACUACUACGACAAGGGGAUCAAAAACUUCUGGAUCGACCAGGCCGAUGGCGGAGCUCUGGGUGAGGCGUAUGAGAACAACGGACAGAGUACGUACAUCGAAUCGGUACCGUAUGCCCUGCCGAAUGUACUGUACGCCGCCGGAACGCAGCUCAGCGUGGGCAAGUUGUACCCCUGGGCGCAUCAGCAGGCGAUCGAUGAAGGGUUCCGCAAUGCAACGGACACGGAAGAGGGGGGCGCUUGCACCCAAGUCUCGCUGAGUCGGUCCGGAUACAUCGGGUCCCAGCGGUUCUGCAGCAUGAUCUGGUCCGGAGAUACCACGUCCGUGUGGGAUACGCUGGCCGUGCAGGUGGCUAGUGGCCUGUCCGCCGCAGCAACAGGCUGGGGCUGGUGGACCGUCGAUGCCGGCGGUUUCCAGGUUGACCCCACAGUCUGGUGGAGUGGUAACAUCGACACCCCCGAAUUCCGGGAGUUGUAUGUGCGCUGGCUGGCCUGGGCGACCUUCUUGCCCUUCAUGCGCACUCACGGCAGCCGGGCCUGCAACUUCCAGGACGCCUACACCUGCGCCAACGAGCCGUGGUCGUACGGCGAAGCCAACACUCCCAUUAUCGUCUCGUACAUCCAUCUGCGCUACCAGCUAGGCGCCUAUCUGCGCUCCAUUUUCAAGCAAUUCCACCUCACCGGUCGGAGUAUCAUGCGCCCGUUGUAUAUGGACUUCGAGAAGACCGACCCGAAGAUCUCCACGCUCACGGCAUCGAACAGCAACUUCACGACGCAGCAGUACAUGUUCGGCCCACGCCUGUUGGUCUCCCCGGUGACCUUGCCCAACGUGACCGAGUGGCCGGUUUAUCUGCCGCAGACGGGCGACAACAGCACCAAGCCAUGGACCUACUGGUGGACAAACGAGACGUACGCAGGAGGGCAAGUGGUGAAGGUUCCAGCGCCGGUGCAGCACAUCCCUGUGUUCCAUCUGGGGUCGAGGGAAGAGGUCCUCACAGGAAAUGUGUUCUAGGCUUCUCAGUAUCAAAUUUAGAGAGAAACAAAAUGUUUGUUGAGCAAUUAUAAGGACAUGUCUGUGUUAGAUGCCAAAAAGUCCAUGUAUGAUUCGC